AUGAGCGGACCUUGUUGUGUUAAUCCUGGUGCGAAACAAAGCCACGAAGCUCGCGGCUGCGUAGAAGAAGUUGCCGGUCUGAAAACUUAUAAAACAGGCGAAGGAAAAUCAGCAAUUGUCAUCUUUACGGACGUUUUUGGAAGUUCGUAUAUCAAUGUUCAAAAAGUAGCUGACAGUCUUGCACAAGGUGUUCAAGUAGUAGUUCUCAUUCCUGAUCUUUUCAAUGGCGAUCCAAUGGAUCCCAAUGCUGAAAAUUUAUGGGAUAAAUUACCAGCUUGGUUAAAAAAACAUCCACCAACCGAUGCCUGCGCUUUAGGUGAAAAAUUCAUUUCAACUAUUAAAGGACACUAUGAUUCUAUUCAAGUGAUUGGCUUUUGUUACGGUGCAAAAGCUGUUAUUCAUUUAAUAACACAUGCUGAACUGUCUUCGACAGUAAAGGCAGCCGUUGCUGCUCAUCCGUCGUUUUUAGUUAAAGAAGAAGCUGAACAAAUAAAACGGCCGAUUCUAUUUCUCUGUGCGGAAAAUGACGCUAUAUUUGUGCCCGACCUUCGACAAGAGUUUGAAAAGGUUUUGAAAGGUAAUGGUCUUGGACAAUUCAAUGAAUAUCCUGGUACGACACACGGUUUCGUUGUUCGACCCGAAGGCUCUGAACAAGCGACUCAACAACGAGACAAAGCUGUCGAAGAUGCUAUUGCUUUUUUCAAAAAGAACGUUUAA